AUGAUCGUGUCACGCAUCAACCAGGCGGAGACGCCUUUGGCGCUAAAUAAAGAGUCCUGCGCCUUGCUCGGGGUUCAGCUGGCCGCCCGGGUGGCAUUCCUGCUGUCGUGUGAAUUAACCACGUGGCCCAUUUUUGCUUCCCCCCCCAGGAAUUUUAUCGUUACUGGCUUACAGGACAUUGAUAAGUGCAGGCAGCAGCUUCAUGAUAUUACGGUGCCUUUAGAAGUUUUUGAAUACAUAGAUCAAGGACGAAACCCCCAACUCUACACCAAGGAGUGCCUGGAGAGGGCCCUGGCCAGGAACGAACAGGUGAAAGGCAAGAUCGACACCAUGAAGAAAUUUAAAAGCCUGUUGAUUCAAGAACUUUCUAAAGUAUUCCCUGAAGACAUGGCUAAGUAUCGAAGCAUCCGAGGGGAGGACCACCCCCCUUCCUAACUUCAUGUCCUGCUUUCGAAGACCCCCGGUCUCGCGUGCCGCUGUGAACUGCAGGCAGGCGGGGACUGAGCGCCGCAGCGGCGCCGGCUCCUCGGCCCGCCCUCCAGCAGCCCUGCCCUCGCCCCUGUCCCGGGGACGGCGGGGCCCGGACGCUUGCGGAGCUGUGCCCCCGGCCGCCCCUCCGUCCCCGAUGUGCAUCUGUCCGGUCCCCGGCUCUCACACGGCUGGGGACCGCACGUCUGAGCCCUGCGUUGAUCGCCCAGCAGGGUAGGUCGGGAGUAUUCGCUCUGAUCAGUGAAUUGUUUUUAAAAACUCCACCUCAUAGUUUUCUUUCUAUGUACUGUGUGUUUUCCAUUUUAUUAUGGUGUCAAAGCUUAAAAAGAAAAAAUUCAAAAAGAAAAGUUGGUUUUAUUUGAGCAAUACUCUGAAUUGGUCUUGUGUUGUGUAUUUUCAGUUACGGUGCGUGAAGACUGUGUUCAGUGUAAUGGUACAUGGAUUUUGAUUAGACAUAAGCACAUAAUAAAGCCUUUAAGUAUUUA